AGAAGAUCUACGUGGACUGGUGGGUACCGCCUUUUUCCGUCCUCAUCACUGCCUCUACUCAUCCUCUUGCAUCUCAAUUCAUAUCACAAGCGCCUCUUUUGAACAACAAGCAGAGCCGGCUGACCUAAUUUACCUGUCGCUUUCACAGCCGCGAUAAGCACACAGCCCGAUCUCGUCCCGCAUCUGCCCAUCGACAGCUGCAUAUUUCUCCCAACUCAUCACAUCACGAUAACAUCACACACGACCGCUUCACAACCUAAACCAAUGAGCUCACCUCCAGCCCACAGCGGCGACAAGAAGGCAUUCGCCGGCAAUGGCGAUAACAACACUAGACAGCGCGUCGGCUCACUCGCCGCCGUCAAUGCCGACUCUCUGGCCCAGGCUAGCUUGAAGGGCCCGACUCUGAAGUCUGGUGCUGACGCUGGCGCUGGCACCGGUGCUGCUCCGUCGCAACUCCCCAUCCAUCCACGCAAGUCGUCGGGUGCAGCUACAGAUCUCGACCCUUACUCGGCUUCGCACAUCUACUAUGGCGCCUCGCACAACAAGAGAAACGUGGCCAAGGCCCGUACCUACUCGGCUGUUGAUCCCGGCGCUCGUGCAAACAUUGUCCAGCAGAUGGAGAUGAAUUCUGCUCACCGCCGCUUGAGUCACGACGAACACGGAGACCAACCCCGCCGUUACCUCAUUAAUGUCGUCGACACGCUCGAGGCUCUGCUCUCGCGUGAAGACUCGGACAACAAUCAACAGAUCACGGUCGAGGACGUCGGUCCCAAGACCAUUCAGCUGGGUACUGCUGGUUCAGGAGGCUACAAGACUUUUGAUAUUCGCGGCACAUACAUGCUUUCCAACCUUUUGCAGGAGUUGACCUUGGCCAAGGAGCACGGUCGUAAGCAGAUUGUCUUGGACGAGGCUCGUCUCAGCGAGAACCCUGUCAACCGCUUGUGCCGUCUUGUCAAGGACUUCUUCUGGCCCAACCUGACCCGCCGUAUCGAUGGCUCAAACAUUGCUCAGGUUGGCAAGGAUGCAAAGGACUGGACCGACAACCCUCGCCCUCGUAUCUACGUCCCUCGUGGUGCCCCCGAGCAGCACCAAUACUACAGCCGUAUCGCUCGCGAACAUCCCGAUAUGAACUUGGAUGUCGUGUGGCUGGCUCAGCACCCCGACAACGAAGAGUACGUUCGUGACUUGAACGAAGCUCCCGGUCUUCUCGCCCUGGAGAUGGAAAGAGUUGCCGACACACCUGCAGGCGAGCCCGACUUCAAGGGUUUGCCCUUUAUUGUUCCUGGCGGACGCUUCAACGAGCUCUACGGUUGGGACAGUUACAUGACUGCUCUUGGUCUGCUCAUCCACGACCGCGAGGAUCUCGCAAAGAACAUGGUUAAGCACUUCUGCUUCGAAAUCAAGCACUACGGCAAGAUCCUCAACGCAAACAGAUCUUACUACCUUUGCCGAACUCAGCCUCCUUUCUUGACUGACAUGGCUCUUCGCGUCUUUGACCGCAUCAAGGAUCAGCCUGACGCACGCGAGUUCCUCAAGAUCUCCAUCCUUGCCGCUAUCAAGGAAUACCACAGUGUCUGGACCGCCGCUCCUCGUUACGAUCCCAAAACUGGUCUCUCAUGUUACCGUCCCGGUGGUCUGGGUGUCCCACCGGAGACUGAGGCCUCUCACUUCGUCCAUGUGCUCGAGCCUUACUGCAAAAAGCACAACAUGACUUUCAAGGAGUUUGUUCACGCUUACAACUACGGUCAUGUCUACGAGCCCGAGCUCGACACAUACUUCCUUCACGAUCGCGCUGUUCGUGAGUCUGGCCACGACACUUCUUACCGUCUCGAGGGUUCGGCCGCUCACCUCGCAACUGUCGAUCUCAACUCGCUUCUCUACAAGUACGAGACUGAUAUUGCUCGUACCAUCCGCAACUACUUUGGUGACAGCCUUGCUGUUCCUGCUGAGUUCUGUGUCGGAGACCAGGCACCUGGUCACGUCGAGACGUCAGCUACCUGGGACCGUCGUGCCAAGCGUCGCAAGCAGACCAUGGACAAGCUCAUGUGGGAUGAGGAGAAGGGCAUGUUCUUCGACUACAAUAUUGUCAAGAACGAGCACACUGGAUACGAGUCUGCCACAACCUUCUGGGCCAUGUGGGCUGGUGCUUGCACUCCUCGUCAAGCCGCUCUUCUGGUCGAGAAGGCUCUUCCUCUCUUUGAAGAGCUCGGUGGUCUUGCUGCCGGAACCGAAAGAUCUCGUGGUAAGGUCGGUCUCAGCCGUCCCAACCGUCAAUGGGACUACCCCUUCGGAUGGGCUCCUCAGCAGAUCCUCGCCUGGACUGGUCUAGUGAGAUUCGGCUACGAGGAUGAGGCCAAGAGACUGGCUUACCGCUGGGUGUACAUGGUCACCAAGGCUUUUGUUGACUUCAACGGUGUUGUCGUUGAAAAGUACGAUGUCUGCCACCCUGCUCAUCCUCACAAGGUUGCUGCAGAGUACGGCAACCAGGGUAGUGACUUCAAGGGUGUUGCCAAGGAAGGAUUCGGAUGGGUUAACGCCAGUUACGUCUACGGUGUGGCUCUACUCGAUGCCCACAUGCGACGUGCCGUCGGUGCUCUCACUCCUUGGGAGACUUACGCAAAGGCUACUACGCUGCCUUGAUCGUCUUGAAGAUGUUCUACAAAGCGUCAAUAACGAAGUGCCCGACCAGCCACGAUUGAUGAAGAACGAGAUGUAGUCAUAUGCACGAAAGAAGAGGAAGUGCGUCGCGAACGGAUUAGAGUAGAAGAAGGCGUGCAUAUCGUUCCCAAGACCCUGAAGUAUUCUUGGAUUCUUAUACAUAUGGAAGCGACACCUACAAGAGGUUUUAUCAGGGUGUUACUCGGCAGUCAAUGCAACAGGCAUACGUAGUUGGCAUUGACGGAGAGAAGCCCAUACCUGAAACCUAGGACAUUACCUCGAAUUGAACUUUUAUUACACCUAAUCUUU